UGUGGGAGCUUACAAUUUUAUCUUUGUCAUUCAAUAAAUUCGAUGGGAGUAUUUCAAAAGCUCUAAUUGGUAAUUUACAAAAGCUUGAAAUCCUAUAUCUUGGAAGUAACAGUUUCACUGGUAUCAUUCCUUCUACCAUAUGUAAUUUGUCAAGGUUGCAAGAAUUCGGAAUUGAGGAUAAUCACAUCCAAGGAAGCAUUCCGACUGAUUUGUGGCAUCUUCAGAAGUUAAUUGUUUUGUAUUUGGGAAGGAAUAACUUCAAAGGGGCAGUACCUCAAAAAGUCUUCAACCUUUCUUCUUUACAACGCAUCGACUUCGAGCAAAAUUCCCUAUCUAGUUAUCUUCCAUCACUAGAUUCAGGGCAAUCUUGCCCUAAUCUUGAAGAACUUUUACUUGGUAGCAAUAAACUUAUUGGUCAAAUCCCAUCCUAUCUUUCAAAUUGUUCCAAGCUCAUCAUAGUAGACUUUCAUGAAAACUUAUUCUCUGGAUCAAUUCCCAAAAGUCUUGGAAACUUGAAGAACCUCCAACAACUUUUUUUGAAUGCAAAUCAGCUAAUAGGCCGUGAGGCUACAGAUCAAGAGACCAAUUUCAUUUCAUCUUUAUCCAAUUGUAGAUUUUUGACAAGUUUAUACUUGAGCAAUAAUCCAUUGGGUAUAACAAUUCCAGAUUCCAUUCAAAACUUUUCGGCUUCCUUUCAAAUCUUUCUUGCAGGCAAUUGCCAAAUAAAGGGUCAUAUUCCUAUGGGAAUGGGUUUUUUGAAAGGCUUGAUCUGGCUUGAUUUGGGAGGUAACAAUUUGACUGGAAAUAUCCCUUUCACAAUCAGUGGUUUAGAAAGAUUACAAAGAUUGAAUCUUUACAAUAACAUGAUUGAAGGAUUGAUUCUAGAAGAGAUAUGCCAAUUAAGGAAUUUGGGAGAGCUAGAUCUCUCAAACAAUAGAAUCUCUGGAGUCAUCCCAAAUUGCAUUUCAAACCUCAGUCUUCUAGAAAGGCUAUACUUAGGUUCUAAUAGACUCGAAUCAUCAAUACCAUUAAAUAUAUGGGGCCUCGAAAAUCUAUUUUCUUUGGAUCUGUCAUUUAAUUCCCUUGGUGGACAUUUGUCUUCGACCAUGAAAAAAAUGCAAACUCUCGAAUAUCUAGAGUUGUCAAGAAAUGAAAUUGCCGGAGAGAUUCCAAGCAUCAUUGGAGCAUUUGAAAGCCUGAGGUUUCUUGACUUUUCAAACAACUCCUUUCAAGGAGGCAUUCCACAAUCUUUUGGCAACUUAAAAGGGUUAGAUCUCUUAGAACUUUCUUACAACAAUCUUUCUGGUGCAAUUCCUAAAUCCCUUGAGGCACUUCCAUAUCUCAAAGACUUGAAUUUAUCUUUCAACAAGUUAGUUGGAGAGAUUCCAUCCAGUGGUCCUUUUGUGAACUUCACAGCAGAAUCAUUUUUAGGCAAUAGUGCACUUUGUGGGAAUCCAGUUUUUGGAGUUCCACCUUGUCCAACGAUUCCUACCUACCAAAAUUCAGAGAUGAAAAAUAUUUUGAUCAAAUGUAUUCUUCUUGUGAUUGCGUCAAUUAUAACCUUGGUAAUAUUGGUUUAUUUGCUGAGAAGACUUCGGAAAAGUAACAUGGAAAUACCGACUUCACUUAAUGAAUUUCCUGCAUUGGAACAUAGAAUGAUAUCAUAUCAAGAACUUUGCCAAGGGACAAACAACUUUUGUGAAAGCAACUUGCUUGGAGUCGGAGGUUUUGGCUCUGUGUACAAAGGAAUACUUUCUGACAGGACAAUUGUUGCAGUAAAAGUUCUAAGUUUGCAAUUGUCGGGUGCUUUCAAAAGUUUUGAUGCAGAAUGCAAGGUGUUACGUACAAUUCGACAUAGAAAUCUUGUUAAGGUCAUAACUACAUGCACUAAUCCCGAGUUUAGAGCGUUGGUGCUGGAAUACAUGUCGAACGGCAGCCUUGAAAAAUGGUUAUACUCUCAUAACUACUGCUUGGAUCUUCUACAGAGAAUAAAUAUUUUGGUUGAUGUUGCAUCAGCCUUAGCAUAUCUCCACCAAGGUCAAUCGGAAUCUAUAUUGCAUUGUGAUUUGAAGCCUACAAAUAUUCUUUUGGAUGAGGGCAUGGUUGCACAUGUGGGUGAUUUUGGCAUUGCAAAGAUUUUAGUCGAAAACAAAGACUCAACACACACCAAAACUCUUGGUACCAUUGGCUACAUCGCACCAGAAUAUGGAUUUGAAGGGAAGGUAUCCAUCAAAACCGAUGUCUACAGCUAUGGCAUAACAUUGUUGGAGGUGAUCACGAGGAAGAAACCCACCGACGACAUGUUCACUGGAGACUUUACUUUGAGGCAGUUGGUAAUUGCAUCUAUUCCAGAUAGAAUGAUGGACGUUGUGGAUGAAGGUUUACUAAGAAUAGAAGAUGGAAGAGACACCAUUGCCUUGCAAAGUAUUCUUUCAUCAAUCAUGGAAUUAGGCUUGAGGUGUUCUGAAGAAUUACCUGAUACAAGAAUGGAUAUCAAAGACGUGUUGGUCAAGCUUAAUAAAAUCAAGUCAACUUUUUUUGAGAACAGGAACAGGGUUACUAGACAUGACGAUUGACCUUAAUUUGUUUCGUAUGUUUUAUGUCUUUUUAAUAUCGUGAAGUACUUAUGAGUGGUAUGUAACAUGUUUGUGUCUUUAAAUUAUGUUUCCGUUACUCUUAAAUUAUCCACAUUCAUUUGCUUGUGAAACUUCUUUAACUAGAAGAAUUGUCCUCAGAUGGGUUGAAACUUGAAAGUGGUAAUCUUUACGCUACCAGCUUCUACUUCUUGUUUAAUUCCAGAAUUCUCAGAGAACCAAACAAAGGAAAGGAAUU